UUCUUGACAAAAUCUCAAUUGUUCAUUCGUAGUGUGAGAAAAUGGGAGAAUAUUUGACCCUUUCAACAGAGUCUUCCGUCUUACUCCCCCGAACUCGAUUUGAAGCUUUCAGGAGUUUGUCUCGUUCUUCAUCACUCUCCAUCAGGAAUAACACUCCGCUGGCGUCACGCAGAUUGUCCUACAUAGCUUCCGGUCAACGCCAGCUCAAGUUUCUUUCUCCAUCAACACAGGUUGGGGCUUUAUUUCAACCUAAAUCACCUAAUUUUGUUGUCGAGUCCACCGGCAAACAGGAGAUUGAGGUCCAACCAGAUAUUGACGGUGGAGACGGCGGAAGCGGUGAAGGUGGAAAAGGAGGCGGCAACAGCGGAAGUGGAGGCAGCGGCGGUGACAACAGCGGCAACGAGAGUGAGGGAGGAGGAGGAUCGGAAGGAAGCGAUUCGUCUAAAAAGAUGGCCAUGUCGAUGUCUCAGAAAUUGACACUUGGUUACGCCGCCCUUGUAGGAGUGGGUGGUCUUAUGGGAUAUUUGAAAAGCGGCAGCAAUAAGUCACUUGUUGCAGGUGGAACGGCAGCAUUGAUUCUUUUCUAUGUCUUUAGUGAACUUCCCAAAAGGCCAACCUUUGCGUCAGCAAUUGGACUUGGUAUCUCCGCAGCACUUUUGGGAACUAUGGGUUCUCGCUUUAAGAAGUCGGGGAAGGUUUUUCCAGCUGGUGUUGUAAGCAUUGUCUCCUUUAUCAUGACUGGUGGUUACAUCCAUGGAAUUAUGCGGGGUAUGCAUUGAGGAUUUGAAAGCCAUGCAAAUAAGGAAAAGGAGAAAGUUGAUGAUCUUAUGUUGUUCCCUUUUUGCUUUUUGUUUCACUAGUUGUCUUUAAUGUUACUUUCAAAUAAGAGAACUGGAUUUUGUUAUGCUUUUGUUGUGGAUUUUGAGACAACCUUUUUUAUAAGAGUUUGUUAGAAAGACU